CAAUAUUCCCCUCUGCUACUACCAUAUCAGAAACCAUAAAUCUGACAUGGCUCACUACCGCGUCUACAUAAUCAGAACCCAUUUGGCAAUCCCAGACCCCGACCUUCCUUCUCCACGUUACCACACCGCAAUCUUCGUUGAAACAGACCCAGUGACUGGCUCCGGAAUCAUCCAUGAAGUGACAGGAGACAUCACCUCACCAGAAGGGAUGCACUACGAAACUAAUCUCGUUCCUCGACCAGAGUCCGACGAAAACUUCUUUUCUCGAACACUGCUUGGUAUGACGAAUGCAGCAAACUAUCCCGACUCGUGGGACACAGUUCUACGAGAGCUGCCAGCUCCCCCACAACAAAAGGCGUUUAAUAUCAAACGAAUGAAGACUGAGCCGUUCAAGAGGCUAUUUCCGUUAGAGUUUUAUGAGGACGGUGAGGAAAGACGGCCGUUGGUGAAGUGCACUGAAUGGGUGGCUGACAAGGCUAUUCCGGCGCUGAGGAAGGCUGGUCUUUUGCAAUCAUCGAUCUCGGUAUAAAUCUGCCAGGGAUUUGCGUAAGGUUGUGACUAUAAUGAAAUUCUAACAAAUGAUGCAAAAAUUAAUUGCUUUAUUAUAUGCGCGCCUACAUGAGAUCUGGGCCUCAUGGGAG